GUCCAGUCCGUCGCGUCUUCCUGUUGAACUCGUAUCUCGAUACAACCAUCCCACGAAACCAUAAUGUCUUCACAACCCAAUUCCACAAUCAUUCCGUUCUCCAUCGCGCACGAGCAACAACCCGUCCGUCUAAUAGAACUACCACCUGCAAUCCUCUCCCUCAUAACCUCCGAUAAUCCACCAAUCCUAAGAAUCAAAGCCGCGCCCACCUCCAUAGCCACCACGCACACUGGUGCAACCGCAGACCAUGCCGUCCUCUGCACCGCCGACAAAACCUUCGCUCUCCGUCAAGUCCACAGCUCCAACACAUCAUUCCUCCUGACGCCGUCGACCUCCGACGGCGGUGGAGUGACCGCCACAUCCACCGUAACCUCAUACCUCGAACUCCUUCCCGUCACACCAGACACGAAAUCCCUGCUGCGGCCACUGCUGCUGCCGUACCCCACCACCAGCAGUGGCAGCAGCAGUAGCGAGGGCAAACCCGGCAUGUCAAAACACCAGCUCCGCAACAACCUCCCGGUAUCCGACGCCGAGUUCGAAUUUGCGUGGGCGGAGCUCUCGGCGUUCGAGUACCACAGCUCCUCGUACAUUUCCACAGCCGAAGGCCUCCUUUCCGCGCUGAAGGAAGCGUCCACCAACGCCGCGGCCAGCGGCAUAAAGCUCUGCGCGCCGUUCCAGCUCACGGCGCUAAUCGACGAGGAGUGCGAAAUCCCGCCGGCGCUGGUCGAAACGGUCGUGGCGCGGAUCUGUGAGCGGAGGGACGGCGGCUGGGUGCUCAUGCCGGAAAAGGCCACGCCGGUCGUGGGCCGCUGGGUCCUCGAGGAGUGGCAUGCUAGUGGUAAGACCGAUAUGCUCUAUGUCUCGUUCAUGUCCAGGUGGAAGGCUGCGGUGCCGAUGGAGUGUAAGACGCUCUGUAAGCUCGAUGUCUUGGAGGAUUGCCAUGAAUUGCCGACAAGAAAUACCAUCCGCUAUGUGCCCGCCGGUGUGGUGGCGGCGGAGGACGUCAAGGCUUUUGAGAAGGCGGCGGCACAGGCGGCGGCAAAGAAUAAGUGGCAUGAAAAGUUUCGGAAGGGGAAGAGGACGUGAUGAGCUUUUUCUGCACAACUUGAUAUUUCUAGGCAAUCCAGCACAAAUCCUUGGUAACUUACACACACAAAUCAAGUAAAAUGAUCAAUUAUGAGCGACCCUUGUGUUAUGGCCAACUAUUUGGUUCGAUCGGGACACCGUAGUUAUGCAUUACCUAUACUCAUCUCAGCAGAAGUGUAUAGCUCCAAGAAGUCCAGCACCCAAGAAACCCCUCCACGAAGCUUCUUGCGUGACGGUGAUGAACCACUAAAUCUGAAGGACCGACAGUAACGUGAAAACCCU